UCACCCGCGCGAGGAUGUGCGUCAACGGCUGAGGGCCGGCGCCACGUUCCCAUUGAGCGGAGCCAGGGCGCCGCUAGGGUCCAGACACCCGACUCCUUUCCCUUUUCUUCCCCCCACCCCCUUGUUCGUCGGGAGCUGUCCGGAUGGGAACGCCUUUUUACCAGGAUGAGGCAGUGAGCGUCGGCGGCCGGCUCCAGACCGUCCCCAUCAUGAUGUUGAUGAUGGAGAAGAAAAGCGCGGCCGAGCGGGAGCGGCAGCAGCAGCAGCAGGAGCAGGCGGACAGCCCGAGAGCAGGAGCAGGCGGCGGCACGCUGCAGCGACGGUCCCCCGAGCUGGAGAAGGCGGCGGACGGGAGCGGCCCCAGGCGGGAGCUGGAGGCCCUAGUCCAUCCCUUUGUGAAAGGUCGAGAAUUCCUAGAGGGAAGCAGAGAUCAAAUGGAAAACUCUCAUCCCUACUCACUGCAGGAUUUGCACAAGCAGAACCAGCAUCUAGUCUUGCCUGGAACUCCGUGCUCUGCCCAUAGCUCUACUUCAGUCUAUCAUGGUAAUCUGCAUCUGACCCAGACAAAAGGAGAUGUUCCUGUAUAUACUAACCUCAGCACCUACAAUCCAAGCCUGCCUAACACUGGUCCUGAAAAUUACUCCACUGGCCAUGUUCCCUAUGCCGGCCCAACAUCUGCACCGCACCAUUUCUCAACCUUGGCUCAGCUUAUGUGUCCAAAGUAUCAAGAGGAGCCCCAGACGGUGCCUGAAGUAGGUCCACUGAAUGAAUCUCCCCCACUUUCUCCAAUAGACCAAAGAGGGCAGCAGAUCAAAGCUGAAAAGAAGAGACUGAGAAAUCGCAUCGCAGCAUCCAAUUGUCGGAGAAGGAAGCUGGAGCGGAUUGCUAGACUGGAAGACAAAGUAAAGACUCUAAAGUCUGAAAACUUUGAAUUAACCUCAACUGCCAGUGUCCUGCGUGAGCAAGUGGUGCACCUCAAACAUAAAGUAAUGAAUCAUGUCAAUAAUGGAUGUCAAGUGGUCCUUGCUUCCUCUAACCUCUUAAAACCAGAAGAAAAUGGCAGUUUCUAAUAAAAUACCCUAUAAAUUUAACUUGGUUAAAAUCAAAUUCUUUUGAAGAAUGCUAGUUUGGAUGCUUACCUUGACUCACUUUUGUAUCCUCUAAGCUGCUAAACAUGAUCAAGGUUAAUCAACUAAAAGAUUAUGUGGAGCAAAUUCAUCUUGAAGAAUAAAGAGUGACAAUCUCGAGUCCAGUGCAACACCUGUUCAUAUCUGAUGUAAUUUCAGCUUUCUUGUGAAAAGAUUCUUGUUAACAUUUUACUUAUUCUUGGAAACUUAUUUAAAUAUACGUUAAAUUUUUCUUACUGAGCCACAAAUUAACAUAUGUUGAGAGUUCUGUCUCUUUGCAAAGUAAGUUUCUUCACUCCCCCUGCCCCCAACAUGUUACUGAGUGAAAUUGAAAAUUUGUACAAAAAGAAUGAUCUGUGAUUUACCAACUGACACAAUUGCAGAUUAUUUCCACCCAAGAGUAAUCUCAAGUAUAGUUAAGACCAUGAAGUGUAAAAUUAUGAAUUUCUAAUUUAGAUUUUUAGAAUAUCUUUGAGUUGCAAUUUUUAUACUGCUGAUGGUUUCUAUUUAUGUUUGGGUUUCUUUGAGUUGGUGAUGUCAUUUCUUGUUCUUCUCAGGGGGUGGUAAAUGGGGUCCA